CAGGGGCCAGGGCCCUGGGAGCAGCAGAACAGCCUCCAGCUCAAGACAGCCACUUUGCCUCCACUCUGCUCUCUGCCUGCACCCAGCCCCAUUCCCUGGGACCCCCCACCCCACCCCACCCCACUCUAGACCCCACCCUCCCGUUGCCUGAUCCAGCUAGCUUUCCUCUAGAUUCCAGCCUCUGGUCAUUGGUUCCUCCCCUCUCCAGGCCUCCAUCCUUCUUUUUCUAGAUUCUCUUCCUUCAGCUCCUUCUUUGCAGAACCUCUCUUUCAUCCACAGUCCUUCUCCACUUUCUGACCUCUUCCCUCUGGACGGCUGUGUGACCCAGGCCCAAGGGGAGAUGCGGGAGGCUCAGUUCCCGGUCUGGCUGCUUCUGCAACUGCUAUGGGCGGCUGCAGUGGAGGCUCCAGACCCUGGGGCAGAGUUCCCGGUGGUGUGGGCCCAGGAGGGGGCUCCUGCCCAACUCCCCUGCAGCCCCACAAUCCCCCCCCAGGAUCUCAGCCUUCUGCGAACAAGACAUGUCACUUGGCAGCAUCUACCGGACAGUGGCCCCUCGGCGCCCUCCGCCCGGGGCCCGGGGCCCCGCGUCUACACGGUGCUGAGGCUGGCUCCCGGAGGCCUGCGCAUCGGGAGGCAGCCCCUGCAGCCCCGCGUGCAGCUGGAAGAGCGCCGCGUCCAGCGCGGGGACUUCUCGCUGUGGCUGCGCCCGGCCCGACGCGCCGACGCCGGCGAGUACCGCGCCGCGGUGCUCCUCGGGGACCGCGCCCUCGCCUGCCGCCUCCGUCUGCGCGUGGGCCAGGCGGCGGUGACUGCCAUGCCCCCAGGGCCUCUCUGGACCUCCAGUUGGGUCAUUUUGAACUGCUCCUUCAGCCGCCCUGACUCCCCGGCCUCUGUGCACUGGUUCCGGGGCCGAGGCAGAGUCCCUGUUCAGGAGUCCCCCCAUCAUCACUUAGCUGGAAACUUCCUCUUCCUGCCCCAAGUCAGCCCCUUGGACUCUGGGGCCUGGGGCUGCAUCCUCACCUACAGAGAUGGCUUCAAUGUCUCCAUCACGUACAACCUCACUGUUCUGGGUCUGGAGCCCGCAGUCCCUCUGACAGUGUACGCUGGAGCUGGUUCCCAGGUGGAGCUGCCCUGCCACCUGCCUCUAGAUGUGGGAACCCAGUCUUCCCUCACUGCCACAUGGGCCCUUCCUGGAGGAGGCCCUGACCUCCUGGUGGCUGGAGACCAUGGCAACUUUACACUUCGACUGGAGGCUGUGGGCCAGGCCCAGGCUGGGACCUACACCUGCCGUGUCCAUCUACAGAGGCAGCAGCUCAGUGCCACUGUCACUUUGGCAGUCAUCACAGUGACUCCCCAAUCCUUUGGGUUACCUGGCAACCUGAGAAAACUGCUUUGUGAGGUGACUCCUGCAUCCGGACAAGAGCGGUUCGUGUGGAGCCCACUGGACAAGCGGUCUUGGAGGAGUCUCCCAGGCCCCUGGCUGGUGAUGCAGGAGGCCAGACUCCUUUCCCAGCCGUGGCAGUGCCAUCUGUACCAGGGGGAGAGGCUGCUCGGGACAGCGGUAUACUUCACUGAGCCGUCUGGCCCAGGUGCCCAACGCUCUGGGAGAGCCCCAGGUGCCCGGAAAACGGGCCACCUCCCUCUCCUCGUCCUUGGUGUCCUCUUCCUGCUCUUUUUGGUGACUGGAGCCUUUAGCUUCCACCUUUGGAGAAGACGGUGGCGACCAAGAAGGUUCUCUGCCUUAGAGCAUGGGACUCACCCACCUCAGGCACAGGGCAAGACAGGGGACCUGGAGCCGGAGCCCCAGCCGGAGCCCGAGCUGGAGCCCGAGUCGGAGCCCGAGCCGGAGCCCGAGCCGGAGCAGCCCUGACCGGAGCUGAGCACCCCGUGCACCCGCAGCUCAGUCCAAAUAAACUCCCUGUCAGCAGCAA